CUGUGCAGGGCAAAAUCUCUGCUGAUUCUCUCUCACUGCUGUAAUAUUCAUGGUCCUGGCCAGCAAACAGGUUCGCAUUCAUCCUCUUUUCCUAUGGACAGAGCUGCAAUAAUGGAUUCAGCGGGAAUAGGAGUUUAUCCCAUGCCCAGGUCUUACAUACAAAAUGCAUGGUGCUCGGAGACACCUGCUCUGUCUUUGCUCUGGGGGACUUUUUGCCUGGCCAGGAUGUAGCACAGUGCUAGCUGUGCCUGUUAGCACAGAAAUCGAUUAGGGUGGUGCAGCACAAGUGGGAGCAAAGGUUCCUCUCUCCGGGCACAAAAUGUGACUUUGCACCCACAAGGCAAGGAGGGAGGAAAGGUUUUGGGGAAAGAAAGCUGCACACGUAUCAGCAGCCAGAAGCUGCAAGCUUGACCUUGGCCACUGCCACUUCCCAACUCUUUACGAGACCAUGAAGACGUGGCAGGAGAUUUUUGCAGAGAAGGUUGCUGGCAUGAAUUUAAUGGAUCCAUGGACAUUUCAGGAGGACGACAGCCUGCAGGUGCACAGCCUCAAGCCGGGCUGGACGGAGUUUUUGCAGAACCAUGUGUCUGGGAGGUAGGGUCUGCCGGUUCGGUCCCACUUGGAGGGAUGCCAUCAUCAUUGUCCUCCCUGUGCUGCCUCCUGCCACCCUGGGAUGCAGUAAGGUGACGCUGGCCUUGGAGGAAGGGCUGCGGAGUGUGCUAGCAGCCCUUUGCCCACAGCACCUGUAGGAAUGGAGGAGGGGGAUGCAGAGAGGGGAGCUGGGCAUGGAGGGGCUGCUAGCUCCCACAUGUGUUGUGAAAGAUGAGUCAGAAGGGGAGUAACCUGCAGCUUCUCAAGACAUCUCCUCACCUGCCCUGCAGCCUCCACCCACACCUUCCUUUUGUUUUGCUUCUUUUUUGAUUUCUCCAGCUUGACACUAGCUUCGUGCUGAGGUGUGCAUGGGUCAAGGGCUGGACACCCACAUGGAGCUGGAGCUUGAUGCUUCCCUUCCCUGUGGCCCCUAUUCCAGGCAGCGAGGUCAGGAUGGACUGGGCAAUGGCAGCAGGCUGGUCCUAAAAUUUGUAGUAUUUGGGCCUGCUCCCAGCUCAUGGAUGUAGAACCACUCAGGCUGGCAUCAUGAUGAUAUGAGAGGACAGAACAUGGGUGUAAAGCUGACCCAUCAGCCCCAGCUGCCCAGCUCCCUGCUGACUGCACUGGGUUACAGCGAGGGGCUGGGAUGAGCUGGUGUCCUCCAUGUCCUGGCAGGUUUCAGUGCUCCCAGUGCCUGUACAAUUGGUCCUCGGCCAAAGUGCACAUCCUCUUCCACAUGUGCUAUGGGAUGGUGCGGAUGCGAAUCUUCCGUCAAGCCUGCAGGCACUGCCACGACCCCCAGCUGGAGGAGCCCAUAUUCAGCCUGGAGAACAUAGAGCGGCUCCUACACAACCUGGUGCUGAAGAUCCUCGAGGACUUCUACAAUGUCCCCAUGCAGUCCUCUGAACUCCUGGAAGUGGUGGUGGAUGGGUGCCAUCCAGCAGGGCCACAUGACAGGACCCACUGCGAGGGCUGCAGGCUCGGUGUCUGCAGCAGGCCGAGGGCAGCUGUGGAGCCUGGUGCUGGGAAGACCAAGGUGGACAUGAGCAAAACCCAGAACACCAAGAUGGAUGUGGCCAAAGCCUGGAAUACCAAGAUGGAUGUGGCCAAAGCCUGGAAUACCAAGAUGGAUGUGGCCAAAGCCUGGAAUACCAAGAUGGAUUUGGACAAAGCCUGGAAUACCAAGUUGGAUGUGGCCAAAGCCUGGAAUACCAAGAUGGAUGUGGACAAAGGCUGGAAGACCAAGAUAGAUGUGGAUAAAGCCCGAAAGACCAAGAUGGAUGUGGACAAAGCCCGGAAGACCAAGAUGGAUAUGGAUAAAGCCCAGAAGACCAAGAUGGGCAUGCACAAGGCCUGGAAGUCCAGGGCAGAUGAGGAGAGGGCCACCUUGAUCACAAGGUCACCAGAGCAAGUCGUAGGUGGUGGUUUUCCCUGGAAACGCUGCUGCUGUGUGGGCUUCUUUGUUCUCUGUGUUUUGGCAGUACUCCUCUUUGUCCUGCUUUAUUUCCUCAGGAAGUAGUGGAAGCGGGCGCUUUUGAGCACCAGGCUGCUGGCUGAGGAUGGUGGUGAUGGAAAAUUGGCUGGAAAAUUGAGUGCCUUGGCAUGGCAAGGCAUCCCCAGCUCACAGGUGACAGCCACCACCACCAUGCCUAGGCACCUUAUCUCCAGCCCAGGGGAGCCCAGCAGGCCUGAUGGUUUCCUAUGGGACAUGUUCUGCACAAGGACAGCCCCCAGCUCCCUCACGCAAAGGAUGGAGCGUACCUGCAGGAAUAAAGCAGC